AUGUAUACGGGAAAAGAUAAUGUUUGGACAGGAAAAGAUAUCUUGCGUGAGGGUGUUUGGUGCCUUCGGGAUAUCAACACCCCAGAAUAUCAAAGGCUAAAAGAGAUUUCGCAAAGUGAGACUGGCAAAGAAACACGUCAGGUAUAUGGUCUCUACGUAGUAUACUUCUAUUCAGCAGUGGUAUUUCUAUUUUUGAUUAAAAGGUCAAUCUACUAUCUUCUGGAUGCUUCAUCGGGACUCGGGAUAAAAAGAAAAUAUUUUGGUGAAAGGUAUUAUUUCAAGCUACUUGCGUUGACCAGAUGGAUUGGAUACAGGAAAAUUCCACUGCUAUUCUGCAAUGCCUUUCAAUUACCGUCAUCGUUGGGUAGCAUUUUAUUGAUAAUGGUCACAUGCGUGUAUAUGUUAUGUCACGCAUUCAUUCCAAAUACCUGGUACAGACAAUGUAUGGGUUUUGGUCUACCCCCACUGGCAGUAAGGGGGGCAUUAGAAUCCACUGCUUUAUUCCCGAUUAUUAUCAUUUUAUCAGGAAAGACCAACAUAAUAUCACAGGUAACUAAUAUUUCAUAUGAUAAGCUCAAUGCGUUUCAUAGGUGGACAUCCAUUAUGUGCUUUUUAUUUGCAUGGAUACAUGCUAUCCCCUAUUACUAUCAAUCAUAUAGAGAAGGCGGAUUAGAGUUGGUUGCAUUUAACCAAAAGACAGAUAAAUACUUUCAAAAUGGCAUUCCCCCAAUUAUCUUUUUGACACUCAUUACUGUAUUUUCCCACUCUUUUUUUCGAACCUUAUUUUAUGAAAUAUGGCUUAAACUUCAUUGGAUUUUUGCAUUGGGUAUGUAUAUUUCAUUAUUUAUUCAUAUUUGCUCCACCGUCAAUACCUGGAAAUACCUAGUUGCGACUGUUGUUUUUUGGUUAACGCAAUUGUUUUGGCAAACAAUAAGAAAGGGGAUGUGGAAAUUCAACCAAAUACCUUUUAAACCUAGUAAAUGUCAGAUGAGGAAGUUUUUACCAACACAAGAUAACGAUGUUUUUGAAAUUAUCGUUGAGAACAACAAUAAUUUUACUUGGUCCCCUGGACAACAUUGUUUUAUUAAGCUCCUUAAAUUAAAGGCUCUAGAGAGGCAUCCCUUUUCAAUUGUUUCGUGUUAUGACUCUGCGGGAAGUAAAGAUAUAAAGCUAAUUGUAAAGGCCUGCGGGUCUGCUGGCUUCACUAGGGUUUUGUACAACAAGAUUCCGGAAACUGGAUACGCCGAUUUCGAUAUUUUUAUUGAUGGUCCUUAUGGGGGGUGCCCACGACCAGUUGAAGCGUUUGAAUCUAUCUUUCUAAUUGCCACAGGCACUGGUAUUUCGGCGAUUUUACCCUUUUUAACCCAAGCUUGCCAAACUAUCAAGGAAAAUAAAGGAGCCCUCAAAUUUGUAAGAUUAUAUUGGGUUAUUAGAAACUUAGAAAACGUUGAAUGGAUAUUACCCGAACUAAGUUAUGUUGUCAACAGCUAUACUUAUUUGUUAGCGGCACAUAUAAUCGAAAUCAAUAUAUUUGCAAAAGAAGGUAUUAUUGAUGUUGAGAGGAACAUAUUAAAAACCCUAAAGUCAGAAAUUGUUACCUCUUCGUCCGAGGCAGAAUCAAAGGGUAAUUCUUCAUCCAGUAUCUCAUUCUGUAGCGAUUUUGUCAAUAUUCAUUAUUUCAAGCCCAGUGGAAGUGAAUUAAUCAAAAAGGCAAAGGAAGAAUUAUGUUCAAAGAAUAUCUUUCUAGUUUCAGGAUCUGAUUCUAUGAAAAAGCAAGUUUCUAAUUCUGUUGCGGAUUUACAAUCGCAGGUUUUUAAAAGCUCUGAAAUAUCAGAGAUUUAUCUACAUACCGAGUCUUUUGGUUUGUAA